CCUCCCCCCCCCCCCCCCCCGCGCCUUGUACGAUGUAUGAUCUUAUGUGGGAGCUCCGCGUCGCACUGCUCUUCUGGGGAAAAGUUUAUAUGCUCGACGUUCCCCCUCCUUCUUAUACCUCUCGUGCUCCUCGUGCUCAAGUCCUUCCCGCCGCUCAACCCUCUCAAGGAAACCCGAGCAACCUGUAACCCCCUCCCCCUCUUCGACCGGCUCGAUUUGAACUUGGACGCCAAUCAACUCACCUCAAAACACCAAUCGCCGUCACCAUGGGUAUCAAGCCCGCCGGCGUGCCGGGCAAGGCCUGGCCGGCCAUUGCCAUUGGCUUCUUUGUCGCGUUCGGAGGUCUGCUGUUCGGAUAUGACACUGGCACCAUCAACGGCAUCCUUGAGAUGUCCUACUGGCAACGCCUCUUCAGCACUGGAUACGUGAACACCGCCGGCAACCCCGACGUCUCCCCCUCCCAAGAGUCCGCCAUCGUCUCCAUCCUCUCGGCCGGCACCUUCUUCGGCGCUCUGGCCUCGCCUCUCCUGGCCGAUUCCAUCGGGCGUCGCCUGGGCCUUGCCGCCUCCUGCUGGGUCUUCAACCUCGGCGUCGUCCUCCAGACGAUUGCCACUGACAUCCCCGUCUUCCUGGCCGGCCGUUUCUUCGCCGGCUUCGGCGUCGGUUUGAUCUCUGCGUUGGUUCCUCUCUACCAGUCCGAGACCGCUCCCAAAUGGAUUCGUGGUGCCAUUGUCGGUGCCUACCAAUGGGCCAUCACCAUCGGUUUGCUGCUGGCCGCCAUCGUCAACAACGCCACCCACAACCGCCAGGACACCGGCUCGUACCGCAUCCCCAUCGCCAUCCAGUUCGCCUGGUCCAUCAUCCUCUUCGUCGGGAUGAUCAUCCUUCCCGAGACGCCCCGGUUCCUCAUCAAGAAAGGCCACGUCGACCGCGCGACCAAGGCGCUGGCGAAGCUCCGCCGCUUGCCCGAGAACGACCCGUACGUCGCCGAGGAGAUCGCCGAGAUCAAGGCCAACCAUGACUUCGAGACCAGCAUCGGCACUGCCAGCUACCUCGACUGCUUCCGUCCCCCGGUUCUCAAGCGCCAGUUCACCGGCAUGGCCCUGCAGGCGCUGCAGCAGCUCACCGGAAUCAACUUCAUCUUCUACUACGGCACGCAGUACUUCCAGAACUCGGGCUUCUCCAACGGUUUCGUCAUCGGCAUGAUCACGUCCUCCAUCAACGUCGUGUCGACCCUCCCGGGCAUGUACGCCGUCGACCGCUGGGGCCGCCGCCCGAUGCUCCUCUGGGGCGCCGUCGGCAUGUGCGUCUCGCAGUUCCUCGUCGCCAUGCUGGGGACCCUGACCACCGGCCAGGACGACACGGGCAAGAUCAUCGUGUACAACCUGCCCGCGCAGAAGGCCGCCAUUGCCUUUGUGUGCAUCUACAUCUUCUUCUUCGCGUCCACCUGGGGCCCCCUCGCGUGGGUCGUCAACGGCGAGAUCUUUGGUCUCAAGACCCGUGCCAAGUCUCUCUCCCUGUCCACCGCGACAAACUGGCUUCUCAACUGGGCCAUCGCGUACGCCACCCCCUACCUGGUCAACUACGGCGACGGGUACGCCAACCUGCAGUCCAAGAUCUUCUUCGUCUGGUUUGCGUGCUGCUUCCUCUGCAUCGCCUUCGUCUACUUCUUCAUCUACGAGACCAAGGGCCUGACCCUCGAGGAGGUCGAGGAGCUCUACGCCGAGGUCAGCGUCGCCAGCAAGUCGGCCAACUGGAGGCCCGCCACGACCUUCCGCGAGCGCCAGGCCGCCGAGGGCGACAAGGCCAUGCCGCACAACAGCGACGGCGACACCGCCCACCACGAGAAGACGGUCGAUGCUUAGAUGCCUGCCUGCCGCUUCGCGUGCAUGGAGACGUCCGUGUUGGAUGUCAUGAGGGGGAAGCUGUCAAAAAGCUUGUGUACACAUCGACGGGCGGGAGAUGCCCUUUUUCUUUACGUUUGUUGAGAUACCACCAGUUAGAUACAUGACCCUUGGGGAAUGAACAUGAGUAAUUUGCUACGCA